CCUUAUUGUGAGUUUCACGUGAACAAGAUUCCGCCCGAAAAAUAUCCCUUUUUUCGAUUCGCCUAUUGUGAGUUUCGGGCGAACAAAAAUUCAUGUUCGAAAGAUUUCCCUUAUUGGGAGCACUCAAUUCGGGCGGAAUGAAACGUCAUUCACAACUAAAAUAAUUCACUUGUUUUUUGGAGGUGAACAGGAAAACAACAAAUAAUGAUGAGCAAAUCAAUCAAUUCCAAACAAAGUGAUAUGCUGCUCAAUAAAAUGCAGGAAAACCCAGAAAUAGCACGCGGUUUUGUAAAAGAAAGCAAGGACAAAAUCAAUGCAUUUUGGAAGCGGAUCACUUUGGAACUCAACAGCGCAGGGCCUCCAAUCAAAACUGAGUUCGAAUGGAAAAAGGUUUGGAAUGACCAAAAACGCUACGUGCGAAAAAAGGCUGCUACUAACAAAAUGUAUGAGAGAGGCACAGGAGGUGGACCUAACAGAACCCAAAAAUUCUCUCCUGGCGAAGAGGCUAUUUUCCAACUCGUUGGAAUGAAGGAAGCAGUUGAGGGUGUUGGAACUUCGCAAUCUUUUGGAUUGAAAUUACCCCAAAAAAGAAAACAAGGCGAUGAAGAAAAUCAAAGUCCAAUUCAGGAUUUGUUUGAAACAAUUGUUGGUUAUGAAGACCAAAACCAACAAGGCUGUGAAGCUCCACCGUUACCGCUUUCGGAUACUCAGAUUGCACCUGAAAAUAGCAGCGACGAAGCAACCACUACUGCUUCGACCAGCCGGAAUGCCAGGAAACAAAAGGUUGGGAAAAUGAGUACCCUAGAAGUAGUCAUGGAGGAGCUUCAAACUCAAAAAGACCUUUGUGGGAAAUUAGGUGAAGCCAUAUCUGUUAUGAAAGAUCAUAACAAGAACAUGGAAAUUGGUGUAAAAAAGCUAUAUAGAUCAUUGGAUAGCCUAAACGACAAAAAAAAAGACCAAUUAAAAGAGGAGAUGCGACACAAUCACGAAAUGGAAAAUUUCAGAAAGAUGGAAAUUGAAGAAUUAAUAAACAAAAAUCGUAAAAUGAUUGAGCUGGAGGAGUUGAAAAUUGAUAUCUUGCGAGAAGAUAAAAAAAAGUGAAUUGGUUUAUGUUCUUAAGAAUUACUUGUUUUGUUAUUUUAUUUAUUUGU